AUGUCAUCACGAAAUACGACGCCGAAACCCGUAAGCACUGAACAUCCUCCUGGACAGUUAUUAAAAAAGGAACUACAUAAUGGCUCACUUGAGCUCUCGAAUGGCAUCAAGAAAGAUGUUUUUCAAUCGCAACGACUUCCCCAUUUCCAACCAGAUAGCUUCAAGUCUAUCAAAUCAUGCAUACAUUUGGAUCAAGUCUUGGAUUCACGCGCCAAGGACACAGUAUUCGACACAUAUCGACAGGCGGUCAUGAUAUCACAGCCAAUUGGCAAUGGAGUGGUGUACAGGUCGAAGAAGGAUGGCAAGGUGAUAGACCAAGACGAGAUCCGUGCUCGACAAUUAUCGAGUUUGAGAUGUUCCGAAUGUGAGGUAUCUGAUUUCCAACAAGUCAUGAUAUGUUUACAAUGUCCUCAUGUUGGGUGCAAAGAACACUCGCAAUUGCAUUAUAAAGGCACGCAGCAUAUGUUUGCCAUUGACCUGAAUUUGGGCUUGUUGUAUUGUUUCAAAUGCAACGAGUACAUCAACCACCCCAAGCUAGAAAAGUUGAGGUUGGAAGCAGCAGGGUUUGCUGAUGAUGACAUCGACAACCAGGAGCAGAUCACUGCAAACUACCACAAUCCCAACAGACUUGCAGUCCAGGGACUCAAAGGAUUCAUAAACUUGGGCGCUACGUGUUUUAUGAGUUCAAUCUUGCAAUCCCUCGUGCACAAUCCAAUCAUCAAAAGCCAAUUUUUCAACAAUGACUUGCAUUAUUUCAAUUGUACAUAUCUACACGAUCAGGAAGUGAAUGAAGCUAUUGGAGACCAAAAUGCAUGCAUCACAUGCAGUGUUGAUUUGAUUUUCAAAGAGCUAUUUACACUGAAGACUAGUGAAGGGUUUGGGAUUACAAAUUUGUUAACUACUGCGUGGUACAAGCAGAAAUCCUUGGCGGGGUUUCAAGAACAAGAUGCCCACGAGUUUUGGCAAUUUCUCUUAAAUGAAUUUCAUCAAGACCACAUGAGGAUACAAACGCAGAUGGAUGGCGCGGCCAAGGAAGAAGCGUGCUCAUGUAUUACUCACUCCACAUUUUCAUUCCAAUUGCAAAGUUGCGUCAAGUGCAAGUCAUGCGAUGCAAUAACCGAAACAGUUGACCCAAUGAUUGACUUGUCAUUGGAGAUUAAUCACCUAAAGAAGCAAAAAAACGUCGACUUGUACGAUUGUUUGGAUUUAUUUACCCUGGAGGAGAAGCUAGAUGCUGCCAUAUCUUGCAAACAUUGCUCCACCAGGUCACAAGCUACAAAAACUUUAAAAUUGAAAAGUAUACCUCCCGUGCUAUCUAUUCAAUUAAAAAGAUUUGACCACAACAUCUUGAAUGACACGUCAUCAAAGAUUGAAACUCCAGUCAAGGUUCCACUUUAUGUGAAUAUUGCGCCAUACUGCGUGGACCAUGGCCAGGCAAAUAAUGAUAUAGUGUAUGAACUAUUUUCGGCCAUUUGUCACAUUGGUUCCGUCAACACGGGCCAUUAUGUUGUGUUUACGAAAAAUGCACAGGGUCAGUGGCUCAAAUUCGAUGAUAGCGUUAUCUCCGGUGUUGAUCAGGAAGAUGUGGUCAACUCCAAUGCAUAUUUAUUAUAUUAUAUAAUCCAUAGUAUAUAA